AUGGAAGAGGUGAUUAGAUGCUUUAAGGCUAGUUGUGAUGGCAAAGCUCAGUAUUUUGAUGAGGAGGAUGAUGUUUAUGUGUGAGAAACACAUUUGAGUAAAGGAGAUGAAAAUGCAACUCGUAUCAUAUUCAAAGAAGAUGUUGAUGAGAAUGUAAGAAUACUCGAUCAGUCUCUGAAUAUAUUCUCUAUUUUUACAAGAAAUCCAGCCAACAAAGACUUGUAUGAAGAAGCCAAUGCUCUUUCUAAUAAUCUUAUCAGAAAAACGAAGGAAAUUAAAUCUAAUUUAUCAGAACUCGGAACUUAUGGAAUUCAAAAAGAGUUACAAGGAAUCCAGACAAGAGUAAAUGAGAUAAAAGAGAUCAUGGAAAUCAAUCCAAUGUUCAUUCAGUUCUUGAACAGAUGGUUCCAAGGCUGCAUGAAAGAAUACAUACUCUGAACUCCUCCUGCAAAUCAAUCUAGUUCUCAAGGUCAGAAAUUUGCUGGACUCAAAAAUGAAGAAAGUAAUGAAGAGCAAAAACUAGAGAACAAUGAACCUCCCUUGCUGCCUUUCGCUCCAACAGCUUCAGGUGAGACCCUUCUCAAUUUUAAUAGAGACAAGCUUGAAAAAGAUGCAAAUAGUAAGAAAAAGAAAUCCUCUCAUAAAAGGUCAUCAUCGAAUUCCACUUCGGCACCUUCAAAAGGAAAAUACAUUGAUAGGUAUGAGAAGAAGAGCAAGAAGAGAAGUCACAAGAGGGAGAAGAGAGUUGCUUGAACAGUAAGGAAUGGAGCCAGAUACACUGGAGAAUGGAUAGGGAGUCAAAGAGAUGGCUAUGGUGUCCAAGUUUGGAAGGAUGGCUCCAAGUACGAAGGAACCUGGUUAAAUGACAAAGCUUAUGGCUUUGGGACUCUAUAUCACGCUGACGGGGAUGUGUAUGAGGGUGAAUGGAAAGAUGAUAAAGCUCAUAACUAUGGCAAAUAUACUCAAUCCGAUGGAACCAUUUAUGAGGGCAAAUGGAAGGAGGAUAAGAAACAUGGACAUGGAAAAGAAACUUGGCCUGGCGGUGAUUGAUAUGAAGGAAAGUAUAUAGAUGGAAAAAAGUGAGGAAAAGGAAUGCUAUUUUUAGCUGAUGGUUCUGUUUACGAAGGUGAGUUUGCUAAUAAUGAGAUUAAUGGCAAGGGAAAAUGCGAAUGGGUUGAUGGAAAAUGAUACAAAGGUUCUUGGGUAAAUAACAAGAUGGAUGGGAAAGGAAAGCUUACCUGGAGAGAUGGCAGAUAUUACAAAGGAGAGUUUAAAGAUAACAAGAAACAUGGCAAAGGCAAAUUUACUAUGGCUGAUGGUAGGGCUUAUGAUGGGGAGUGGCUGAAUGGGAAGCAACAUGGUAAGGGUAUUUUUAUUAAGGAUGGAACAACAAGAGAGGGAGAAUGAGUAGAAGGUAGUCGUGUAAGAUGGCUGUAA